CCGGCGAAAGUUGCCGGAGUAACUGCCCCAUGCUCGGGUAUGGCACUAGGCCGACCGAGCAAAAAAAAAAAAAAAAAAAAAAAUUUACACUUCGUGGAAAAUGAAAACCGUUGAAUUGCGCUUUGUUGUGUUUCAGUUUAGCGCUAUAUUGAUAUGUUAGCGCUUCUUCGGAGGCUCUCCGCUUCCCUGUUUUUAAUUUAUUUUAAAAAGGUCCAGUGUCGUCUAACGAUAAUAUUUGCUUCACAUAAAUUGGAGUAACUUGAACUGCAAUCGAAGAGCGGGCUAACAAAUAAGAUAAGGUUGUGAAGCAAGAUGUUUUCAAAUUCAAGGUCACACUCACUGGUAUCAAAAAUGAGAUUUGGAAAGAAGAAAAAGAAGUCACUGCCAGUGAAAGUGACCACAAUGGAUGCAGAGUUGGAGUUUCAUGUAGAGCGGGGUGCCACCGGACGGACGCUGUUCGACCUGGUGUGCCGCACGAUCGGACUGCGGGAGACGUGGUUCUUCGGACUCCAGUACCAGGACACCAAGGGCUGCCCCUCCUGGCUGAAAAUGGACCGAAAAGUGCUGCACCAGGACGUGCAGCGCGACAACCCGCUCUCGCUCGUGCUGCUCGUCAAGUUCUACCCGGAGGAUGUGGGCGAGGAACUGGUGCAGGAGAUCACGCAGCAUCUGUUCUUCCUGCAAGUGAAACAGGCCAUCCUCAACAUGGACAUCUACUGCCCGUCGGAAGUCAGUGUGCUGCUGGCCUCGUACGCCGUUCAGGCCAAGUACGGUGACGCCGGAGAGUCCUGUCUGCCGUCGGGCAUCCUGGCCAACGAGGAGCUGCUGCCCAAGAGGGUCAUCAAGCAGUACAACAUGACCACACCCAUGUGGGAGGAGCGCAUCAACAUCUGGUACCAAGACCACAAGGGUAUGUCUCGUGAUGAAGCUGAAAUGGAGUACCUGAAGAUCGCCCAGGACCUGGAGAUGAACGGUGUCAGCUACUUCUCCAUCUCGAACAGCAAAGGCUCCGAGCUCUUUCUCGGCGUGUGUAAUAUGGGCCUGCACAUAUACGACAAAGGCAACAAGCUGACGCCCGAGAUCUCAUUCCCCUGGUCGGAGAUAAAAAACAUCAGCUACGAUGACAAGAAGUUCACCAUCAAAAUUGUCGGCAAGCCGUCAUCAAACUUUGUAUUCUUCUCCCAGAAUCUGAAGAUGAACAAACUGAUUCUGGACCUCUGCAUAGGGAACCACGAUCUAUUCAUGCGCCGCCGUAAGCCGGACUCUAUGGAGGUGCAGCAGAUGAAGGCCCAGUCACAGGAGGAGAAGAAGCGGAGACACGUGGAGCGUGAAAAGCUGGAGCGGGAGAAGCAGCUGCGGCAAGAGUCUGAGCGGCAAAAGUCGGAGCUCGAACAGCGCCUGCUCCAGUAUCAGGACGAGAUCCGACUGGCACAGGAGGCCCUGCAACGCUCCGAGGAGACGGCCGAGCUGCUCUCAGAGAAGUCGCACAUCGCCGAGGAGGAGCGGACGCUGCUCCAACAAAAAUCCUCCAAAUCGGAGGAGGAGGUGCGACGCAUCAAGAUGCAACAGGUCAAGACUGAGGAGGAGAAGUACCUGCUGGAGCGGAAGGUGCGCGAAGCAGAGAUGAUCGCCGCUCGCGUGGUGGAGGAGUCCGAGCGCAGGUCCUACGAAGCAGAUCGGCUGAAGGAGGACCUGUACAAGGCCCGCGUCGCCGAACGCCAGGCCAAGGAGAAGCUGAUGGAGUUCCUGGCAAAGCAGUCCAGUCAGAGCGUCACCGGCCAGUCCUACAACGGCAUCUCGAGCGUGUACGACGGCGGCGACAGCAGCGAGCUGCCGGACCUGACGAUGAACCAGUCGUCGGCGCUGACGUCCCUGGCGCAGUACGACCUCAUGUCGGACACCAACAUGGAUCAGCUGAACCUGGAGAUCGAGAAGGAGCGUGUUGAGUACCUCCAAAAGUCGAAACACCUUCAGGAGCAACUGAAGGAGAUGAGAACUGAGAUUGAGGUACUGAAGAUCGGAGAGAACCAGACCCUGUACGACCACAUCCACGACGAACAGGUCAACCUGGGAGAGAACAAGUACUCCACCUUCAAAAAGACCAAGGAGGGCUCGGCCCGGUCCCGCGUGGCCUUCUUUGAGGAGCUGUGACGACGGCGAGCCUGAGCGCGCGCCUGCCGCGCCACCGGUGCCAACUGUGUGUGUCGGACGGAGUCCUCUGUGCCGAGAUCGGCUGUGAUUUUACUGCGGCGCCGGGUGGCCUCUGCGGCCGGCACCGGCGACCCCGCGGCCGUAUACCCUUCACGGUGUGCUCGAGGCGGCGAGCUGCCGGGCCCGAUGCGCCGUGUGCCGUUCGGGUAGGGUGGUCCGAGCGGCCGUGCGUUCGCCGCCGGAGCCGGGCGCAGCUGUAAAUGGGGCGAACGGCCGCCACCGGCCCGGUAAGCCUUCUCCUUAGCGGCGAGCAGUGGUCGGCGGCCUGCGCCCGGAGCUGGGGCAGCUACUUAGUCAGUGCGGGGUGAGGGAGAGUCGUCCGGCGUCCCAUCGUGUCAAAGCCGCGUGUGUCCGUCGGGGUCUCGCCUUUUGGCGCUGCAUGCAUUUAGCUAGUGUAAUGACCGUUUGCUUUUGAACGUGCCGCUUCGCACCUGUGUAGGAAAUACUGCACAAUGACUGCCGCAGCAGCUGUGAGUGAUGCGCUGGCGGUGCCUUACCGAGUCGUAUGUGAUGCGUAGAUGAGCUGAUUUCUUCGUCUUCCGCUGGCCUUUGCCAAUACAUGACCUGUCUUCCG